UAUCUUUGUCUCUUCACUUCAUUAUUCACUCUACAUUCCUUCCAAAACCUUUAAAAUAAUCUCAUUCUUCAUUCAACUUUUGAGUUUACAAGUGUUAGAUCUGUUUGUCUUGUGAGGUUUUUGGUGCUUUCUGGUCAUUGAUGAGGUUCUUUAAUCUAUUUCUUUCUCUUAUAACUUACUUUGAUAAUUGUUGAGUGUCUGGUAAUUCAAGCCAUUUAAUUAUCUGAGUUUUGAUUUUGUAAGUCUUUGUUGUAUCUUGUGUAAUUGAAAGUAUCCUUCUGGGUGCUUCUGGUUUGUUAGUACACAUUAGAGAAGAUGCAGAAGCCUCCACAAGCUGUAGACUUUGCUCUGAAGGAGACCUCACCCAAGAUUGGGGCGGGGGCGGGGGCGGUCACAGGUGAUAAGCUCUCGUGCACCUAUGACCUUGUUGAGCAAAUGCAAUACCUUUAUGUCCGGGUUGUCAAGGCGAAGGAGUUACCUGGUAAAGAUGUUACUGGUAGUUGUGAUCCCUAUGUUGAAGUGAAACUUGGAAACUAUAAGGGAGCUACCAAGCAUUUUGAGAAGAAGAACAAUCCUGAAUGGAAUCAAGUUUUCGCUUUCUCGAAAGAGAGGAUUCAAGCUUCGGUUUUGGAAGUGGUAGUGAAGGAUAAGGAUCUUGUUUUGGAUGAUUUAAUUGGUAGGGUAAUGUUUGAUCUCAAUGAAAUCCCGAAACGGGUUCCUCCUGAUAGUCCUUUGGCACCUCAAUGGUAUAGGAUGGACGAUCGAAAGGCAGUGAGGGUUAAGGGAGAGCUGAUGUUGGCUGUUUGGAUGGGAACUCAAGCAGAUGAGGCAUUUCCUGAUGCCUGGCACUCGGAUGCUGCAACAGUUGUUGGCAGUGAAGGAGUUACAAACAUUCGUUCAAAGGUGUAUCUAUCUCCCAAGCUUUGGUAUGUAAGGGUCAAUGUGAUUGAAGCUCAAGACUUGCUACCUGGUGAUAAAAGUAGGUUUCCAGAAGUUUUCGUGAAGGCUAUUCUAGGAAACCAAGCAUUGAGAACUAGGAUAUCUCAAAUUAAGACUAUAAAUCCAUUGUGGAAUGAAGACUUGAUGUUUGUCGUUGCUGAGCCUUUUGAGGAGCCCUUGAUUCUGACUGUAGAAGAUAGGGUGGGAUCAAACAAAGAUGAAGUUCUUGGAAAGUGUUUGAUUCCUUUGCAGAAGGUGCAAAGGAGAUUGGACCAUAAGCCUGUAAACACUCGGUGGUUUAAUCUCGAGAAACAUGUAAGUGUAGAAGGGGAACAAAAGAAAGAUACUAAGUUUGCCAGUAGAAUUCAUUUGAGGAUAUGUCUGGAGGGUGGUUAUCAUGUUUUAGAUGAAUCAACACACCACAGUAGCGAUCUUAGGCCAACUGCAAAACAGUUAUGGAAGUCAAGCAUUGGGAUAUUGGAGGUUGGAGUUCUUAGUGCUCAUGGGCUGAUGCCAAUGAAGACAAGAGACGGGCGAGGAACUACAGAUGCUUAUUGUGUGGCCAAAUAUGGGCAGAAAUGGGUGCGAACAAGGACUAUUGUGGACAGCUCCGUUCCAAAGUGGAAUGAGCAGUACACGUGGGAAGUUUUCGACAUAUGUACUGUCAUUACAGUAGGGGUUUUUGAUAAUGGCCAUAUAGGUGGAGGUGGAAAGGACUCAAGAAUCGGGAAAGUGAGGAUUCGGUUAUCUACACUUGAAGCUGAUAGAGUUUAUACGCACUCAUAUCCACUUUUAGUCUUGCAUUCUUCAGGGGUGAAGAAAACGGGAGAAGUUCAGUUGGCUGUGAGAUUCACAUGCUUAUCUUUGAUUAACAUGAUGCAUAUGUACUCUCAUCCAUUGUUACCGAAAAUGCACUACAUUCAUCCAUUAUCUGUUAUUCAACUCGAUAGCUUGAGACACCAGGCUAUGCAGAUUGUCGCUUUUAGGCUAAACCGAGCUGAGCCACCAUUGAAGAAAGAGGUUGUAGAGUAUAUGCUUGAUGUAGAUUCACACAUGUGGAGUAUGCGGAGAAGCAAAGCUAACUUUUUCCGAAUUAUGGGUGUUCUAGGUGGGUUAAUUUCUGUUGGUAAAUGGUUUGAUCAAAUCUGCAAUUGGAAAAACCCUCUUACAACCAUUUUGAUUCACAUCCUUUUUAUCAUAUUGAUACUUUAUCCUGAGCUCAUACUCCCAACAGUUUUUCUCUACCUUUUCUUGAUCGGACUAUGGAACUUCCGUUGGAGGCCAAGGCACCCGCCUCACAUGGACACGCGACUGUCUCAUGCUGAAGCUGCUCAUCCUGAUGAACUAGAUGAAGAGUUAGACACAUUCCCGACUUCACGAGGAUCAGACAUGGUUCGCAUGAGAUAUGAUCGCCUGAGAAGUAUAGGAGGCAGAGUUCAGACUGUCAUCGGUGACCUGGCGAGUCAAGGAGAAAGGUUUCAGUCUCUGCUGAGCUGGAGAGACCCCAGAGCAACCACUCUAUUUGUAGCUUUCUGUUUGAUUGCUGCUAUAGUUCUGUAUGUUACUCCAAUCCAAGUUAUAGCCCUCCUCUUAGGCUUAUAUGUGUUGAGGCAUCCGAGGUUUCGCCACAAACUCCCAUCCGUUCCUCUCAACUUCUUCAGGAGGUUGCCUGCGCGUUCAGAUAUCAUGCUGUGAGCACAACUGGAUCACCCUCAGCUAUGCAGAUUCUGCAGCAGGGAAGAAGUAGUUCUUAUUGCUGGUGGCAGAUCUUAAUUCAGUAAAUUUCAUGAAUUGUAGUUUGCUUAUGUUGUUUAUUUAAUUCUGUUCAUUGAUUAAUAUCGUUCAUGUGUAAACUUCCAACUUUUUAUCAGUUUAUGCAACUCUGUCACCUAAUUUAUGUUAGUAAUACAACUCUGUACCAAUCUGAUCGAUGAUAAUGUUA